UUGACCUCUGCCCCGGUCAAGUGAUAAAUCGAUAACUGCCCCUGAGAUGAAGUGUAGGCUGUACGUGUGUGCGUACGUGUGUGGUUGUCGGACAAGAAGGUAGUUAGAACCAAAUGUGCGAGUCUCCGAUCACUCUCUCUCGCGCGCGCUCUCUCUCGCACACACGCCGUCAGUGUCUGUGGAUCCGUGUCCCACUAAAAAUUGGAUUCGCAGAUACAAAUGCGUCAUUUAUGGCUUUGCGUUUGGAAGGUGGGAUCAUACUGGGAUAAAUAAAACUGAGGUUUUUAAGCAGAUGAGAAAAAGCAGAAGUAACGGACUGGGGUGAAAAUGUGUUCGGCGAAGAUGGUUGAUAAGGAAUGGAUUUAGGGAUUGAAUCCUCUGGCUUGAGGCUGUAACAGGUGUAUUGCACAAACCAGUUGCUGGAGUAACCAAUUUGGAUCAUUUCAAGCUAAGGUGUCAUGUCACUCAGGAGUCUGCCAGGGAAGUGACCUCAGUCUGACACCAUGGAGGACACAUGGCUGCUCCUCUCCCCCCCCCCCAACCUCAGCGAGCCGUUCCUGUACGACAGCUUCCUGCCGUACAACGAGUCGCAGGUGGGCUCGUACAAUGACACGGACACCGACUUCCACCACACCACCAGCGGCGUUGUCAUCACCAUCCUCUACUUCGUGGUGUGCGCCGUGGGGCUGUGCGGCAACACGCUGGUCAUCUACGUCAUCCUGCGCUACGCCAAGAUGAAGACGGUCACCAACAUCUACAUCCUGAACCUGGCGGUGGCGGACGUGCUCUUCAUGCUCGGCAUGCCCUUCCUCGUGCAGCUGGCGCUGGUCAACUGGCCCUUCGGCCUGGCCCUGUGCCGCCUGGUCAUGACCGUGGACUCCUUCAACCAGUUCACCAGCAUCUUCUGCCUGACCGUCAUGAGCAUCGACCGCUACCUGGCGGUGGUGCACCCCAUCCGAUCCACCGGCUGGCGCAAGCCGCGAUUCGCCAAGACCGUCAACCUGGCCGUCUGGGUGGUGUCGCUGCUGGUCAACCUGCCCGUCAUCAUCUACAGCGGCCUCAUCACCAACCGCGAAGGCCACUUCUGCACCAUCGUGUGGCCCGAGCCCCAAGAGGCCUACUACACGGGCUUCAUGUUCUACACCUUCCUCCUGGGAUUCCUUCUGCCCCUGGUCGUCAUCUGCAUGUGCUACCUGCUCAUCAUCAUCAAGGUGAAGACAUCAGGCAUCCGUGUGGGCUCCACCAAGAGGAAGCGCUCGGAGCGCAAGGUGACACGAAUGGUGUCCAUUGUGGUGGCCGUGUUCGUCUUCUGCUGGCUGCCGUUCUACGUGUUCAACGUGACGUCGGUGACGGGCAGCAUCAGCACCACGCCGGCGCUGCGCAGCACCUUCGCCUGCGUGGUCGUGCUGGGCUACGCCAACUCCUGCGCCAACCCCAUCCUCUACGCCUUCCUGUCGGAGAACUUCAAGAAGAGCUUCAAGAACGUGCUGUGCCUGCAGAGGGCCAGCGGCCUGGACGAGGUGGAGCGCAGCAACAGCCAGCAGGACAAGACGACGCGCAUGAUGGCGAACGAGCCCACGGAGACCCAGAGCACGCUGCUCAACGGCGACCUGCAGACCAGCAUAUGAGAGAUGGACACGCGCAUACACGCACAUACACGCAUACAUGCAUACAGUCACCAGCAGUGACUCUACAGGUCAAAAUAUCAGAUGGGUGGAUAGACACACACACACACACACACACACACACACAUAUGUAUACAACACAUUACAGGACAGUGACGUAGCAACUGCCUACAUACAGAGCGUUGUGCCCUACAGAACAGUGCCCUGCAGACCAAAAUAUGAGAUGGAUGGAUAGACAAACACACACAAACACACACAAACACACACAAACACACACAAACACACUCACACACAUUACCGGACAGUGACGUAGCAACCACUUACAGACAGAGCAUUCUACAACAGACCAAAAUAUGAGAUGGAUGGACAACAUAUAACAGGACAGUGCCAUAGCAGUCUUCACACAGACACACUCAUAUAAACACAUACAGAGACACACACACACACACACACACACACACACCCAAACACA